UGAAAGCUCUAAGUGUACCGCUAAAGGAAGUGUUAUUUUCAAAUAGCUCUUCCAGAUGCCUGUUGUUCAUAUGUCCUCAUGUAUUAUUUCAUAUCUAAUUGUGUUAACUUGCCGAAAAAACUCACCCAUAGCUAUCGGAAAUCGUUCGAAAUUCUUUCAUGGCAGAAAACUGGUCAAUCGGACCUACAGUUCAUUUUGGUUCACAUUCGCUUCUUCCCUCCACUGACCUUCAAAUAUUGUGGGACCUACUUCAGUGUAGGGACUGCUGGUUCAGACGCAUUUAUCACCAACUUGCUGCCAACGAACUUCGGUCAAAUUCAGUUGUGGCACUAAGCCCUCGAAAAAGUUUAGUCCCCUCUGUUCCCUUCCAUAGUCUUACGAGAGCGAUCCAAGCAGUCUUACGUGGUUUCAAUCUAAAUCGUAAAUGUUCAUCAAAACUACACACGAAAGCGACCAACUUAGCAUCAUUUCUGCAUUUACAUAUAAAGACUAGUUAUCACCAUAUAACUGUAGUCAGUACCAAAUUCUGCAUCAAAAGACAGUAUUGGGUCUGCCCUUCUCAUGGACGUCGUCUGUUCGAUUUGCUAUACUGUAGUAGCGACUUUAGUAUUCCGGAGCGGGAAGAUGGGUUAGACCUCGAUUUAACUAUUCGUUCAAUAAUCCCUAAGGGUCAAUCUGAUUUCUUUCGAUCUGUUCAGCUUUCAAGCUCCUCAGAUGAAAGUGAUGAACCGGAACAGACUUUUUCUGUUCAAAUCCGCACUCCAGAGCUGUAUAUAGUAAAGCCAAAUCCAGAAGGUUCCCACAAUCAUUUGUCUACAAAGGCAUGUUCCACGGAACCCAAAAAAUUCAUAAGCAAACAACUUUAUGAAAUCAACAGGAAAUGGUCGUUCAAAUACAGUGUGAAUAACUUAAACCAUAAACACCUGUGUAGUGAAAACGAUGCUCGACAUACUUUUGAUCCUCACUACAAUGAAAGAAAACUAGAUGGUCCAAAACAUGUGCAUUUUCCUAGGGGCAACCCUAUCUCUGCUGUGUACAAUCUUUAUACAUAUGCUACAGCAAGCAGGUUGGAAAGGUCUAAUCGUAUUUGGGAAAUAGAAGCAAGGUCUCGCUACUUUGAUCGUUUGAAGUAUUUAAUAUCAAAUGGUUUCGAGGCUGACCUAGCAUCCCAGUUGGCAGGAGAUGAUGAUGAAUCUAUGGAACUUCACUCUAGUGUUAAUAAAGCUCUUGACAAUAAUGCAUGCAAACAAGACAAUCUCAAACCGACCAAUAUAAUAUCUAAGCGUUCAAAACCUCGACAUCGCAAACGUAAUCGAAAACGUGGGUCCAACCCAGUAUCAUUGUUAUCUUCACAUUCACAUAAUGCAACUGACCCUAGUAUUUCAAGAAAUAAAAUUGAUGAUAACUAUCAGAAAUGUGUGUCGCUUGCACAAUAAUUAUCAGGAGUAAGUUGGGAAAAUUACCGACAUUCAAAUCAAAAUGUGACUCAUCAAGUCAAUUUGUCCCAUCCAACUAAAUUAUUUGCUUUCACUGUCUUUUACUAUCAACAAUUUUAUUGUUAUCGCUUCAACUUUUCUGAUUCUCAUCAUGGCAAUUCCGUGCUUUUGUGUUGGUGUAAUGUGGAUACCUGAACUGAUGUACAUUCGAUCCAGAUGCGAUAUCGUAUCGAAGUGACUAAGUAAGAUACAACAUAGUUGGGCAAAGGUGAGAAACAUCUGGUGGUGUGUUGCCCAGAAUAUGUACUUUCUAUUAAAUAUAACUAGAAAUUCCUAGCUACGUUUCUAGAGGAUGACGUAACUGGAACUAAAUCGGAAUCUUAUUUCCUAUGCAAAAGAUAGUUAUGAUUUCCAUCCUAUUUUUGCAUGUCAUUGGCCUCAAGAAUCGUUUAAAAAGUGACCUGUUGAAUAUGAUGAACACUUGUCAGAAUGAAAAAUCUUGUUCUCUAUUUUAUUGAAUAAAAAUCCAAAUUUUUUCUUCACAUUAAAUAAGCGAUUUUAUCAUAUCUGUGUAAAUUAAAUCAUCUUAUAACAUAACAAUGUUUUUUGUUGUGCAUUGGUUUUUAGUCGGGCGGUAGAUUCAAAUUUGAAAACAAUAUCUUUUGUUUUUAGAACUAUCAUAGAAGUAAUUGCCUUAAGGGUAGUUGAAAACUCCAAGUCAUGGAAUUGAUUUGACCUCCAUAAUCCUAUUAUUCCUAGCGUGCUCUACAUAAUCCAAUCACCUGCUUGUUAUCUGUCAAAGUGGUUUGUUAAGGUGGCAUAUACAGUGUUCAAUUAUUUUACAUCAGUAUCCUGCCAACAACAACUUCGUUAAUCAUCAUUGCUUGAUUGCUACUAGGCGUGCUAUUGAGUCGAGGCACGAUACAUGAAACUUGAGAAGUUACCCUUUGUCUAAUUGCUUGGUUAUUGAUCAAACAGUUACUUGGUUUUAUUUUUUUCGAAUCUAACUACAAACCACCUUUUGGUUCACUGAUUGUCGAUCUUUUCUUUUACUAUUAAAUAAUUACGGUCGAUUAACCGUUAGUCUGCUUUGAAUCGAAUAUGCCAUAGUUAUGUAUAUACUGAAACACUUUGUGGUUUGUUUUGGUAUUAUAUUUUGUUCGUAUAAUCAUAUGAAGUAUGGGUACUAGUAA